AUGUUGCCAUCCCAACAUUACCUCCCACUUCACUGACCAGUGCCACUAAUGACCAUCUAGCACCAGCUGCAACAGGACCAUUGCCUUCAGCCCCGCGGGACGUCGUGGCCACCCUCGUCUCCACUCGCUUCAUCAGACUGACGUGGCGGACGCCUGUAUCGGACCCUCAAGGAGACAACCUCACCUAUUCAAUCUUCUACACCAAGGAAGGUAUAAACAGGGAACGUGUUGAAAAUACAAGUCGUGCUGGAGAGACACAAGUCACGAUCCAAAACCUGAUGCCGGAAACAGUUUAUGUCUUUCGUGUCGUGGCUCAGAACAAGCACGGCCCCGGAGAGAGCUCGGUACCGCUGAAGGUGGCAACCCAGCCUGAGGUUCAGCUUCCCGGUCCAGCACCCAAUAUCCGAGCGUACGCCAGCUCACCCACCUCCGUUACUGUCGCGUGGGAAACACCGUUGUCUGGCAAUGGAGAAAUCCAGAACUACAAGCUCUACUACAUGGAGAAGGGACAGGACACUGAGCAGGAUGUUGACGUAGGAGGACUCUCCUACACCAUUAACGGAUUAAAGAAAUACACAGAGUAUAGUUUCCGAGUGGUAGCUUACAAUAAACAUGGUCCUGGAGUCUCGACCCAAGAUGUGGUUGUACGAACGCUGUCGGAUGUUCCCAGUGCUCCUCCACAGAAUCUGACACUGGAGGUACGGAAUUCCAAGAGCAUCAUGCUGCACUGGCAGCCACCCCCUGCAGGGACACACAGCGGACAAAUCACCGGCUACAAAAUUCGCUACCGUAAGGUGUCCCGUAAGAGUGACGUGACAGAAAGCAUUGGCGGGACCCAGCUUUUUCAGCUAAUUGAGGGCCUUGAGCGAGGUACAGAAUACAGCUUCAGAGUAGCUGCCUUGACUGUUAAUGGGACUGGACCCGCUACCGACUGGGUGUCAGCGGAAACGUUUGAGAGUGAUCUGGAUGAAACUCGUGUUCCCGAAGUCCCAAGUUCCUUACACGUCCGUCCGCUUGUCACCAGUAUCGUAGUGAGCUGGACUCCACCUGAGAACCAGAACAUCGUGGUGAGAGGCUACGCGAUAGGGUACGGCGUUGGCAGUCCUCACGCGCAGACCAUCAAGGUGGACUAUAAACAGAGAUACUACACCAUUGAAAACUUAGACCCAAGCUCCCAUUAUGUCAUAACUCUGAAAGCGUUUAACAACGUUGGGGAAGGAAUUCCUCUCUACGAGAGCGCGGUGACCAGGCCUCACUCAGACACUUCCGAGGUUGAUUUGUUUGUUAUUAAUGCUCCAUACACUCCAGUGCCAGAUCCGUCUCCCAUGAUGCCACCGGUGGGAGUUCAGGCUUCCAUUCUGAGCCAUGACACCAUACGGAUCACUUGGGCAGACAACUCUCUGCCGAAGAACCAGAAGAUCACGGAUGCUCGCUACUACACAGUUCGCUGGAAAACCAAUAUUCCCGCAAAUACGAAGUACAAGACUGCAAAUGCAACCACUUUGAGCUAUUUAGUGACCGGGUUAAAACCAAAUACCUUGUAUGAAUUCUCUGUGAUGGUGACUAAAGGUCGAAGAUCAAGUACAUGGAGUAUGACAGCACAUGGAACAACUUUUGAAUUAGUUCCUACUUCUCCUCCCAAAGACGUGACCGUGGUGAGCAAAGAGGGAAAGCCUCGGACAAUAAUUGUUAACUGGCAGCCUCCAUCCGAAGCCAAUGGCAAAAUUACAGGAUACAUCAUUUACUACAGCACGGAUGUGAAUGCCGAAAUACAUGAUUGGGUUAUUGAGCCCGUCGUGGGAAACAGGCUGACCCAUCAGAUACAAGAAUUGACCCUUGAUACGCCAUAUUAUUUCAAAAUUCAGGCCCGCAACUCGAAGGGCAUGGGGCCUAUGUCUGAGGCCGUUCAGUUCAGAACCCCAAAAGCUGAAUCCUCAGAUAAAAUGCCUAAUGAUCAAGCUUCAGGAUCUGCGGGGAAAGGAAGCCGCCCGGUGGACAUAGGACCAGAUUACAAACCACCACUUGGUGGCAGUAACAGUCCCCACGGAAGUCCUACUUCUCCCUUAGACAGCAACAUGCUCCUUGUCAUCAUAGUGUCUGUUGGAGUGAUCACCAUUGUCAUAGUGGUGGUAGUCGCCGUCUUCUGCACUCGGCGUACGACUUCUCACCAAAAAAAGAAACGAGCUGCCUGCAAAUCAGUGAAUGGGUCCCAUAAGUACAAAGGAAACUCCAAAGAUGUCAAGCCUCCUGACCUCUGGAUCCAUCAUGAAAGGCUGGAGCUCAAACCCAUCGAUAAAUCUCCAGAUCCCAAUCCAAUCAUGACAGAUACCCCAAUCCCUCGCAACUCCCAAGACAUCACCCCAGUUGAUAAUUCCAUGGACAGCAACAUCCAUCAAAGGCGGAAUUCCUACAGAGGACAUGAGUCCGAGGAUAGCAUGUCCACACUGGCAGGAAGAAGGGGGAUGAGGCCCAAGAUGAUGAUGCCUUUUGAUUCUCAGCCACCUCAGCCUGUGAUUAGUGCUCAUCCCAUCCAUUCACUCGAUAACCCUCACCAUCAUUUCCACUCCGGCAGCCUCGCUUCUCCAACUCGCAGCUAUCUCCAUCACCAGGUCAACCCGUGGCCGAUUGGCACAUCCAUGUCCCAUUCAGACAGGGCCAAUUCCACAGAAUCUGUUCGAAACACACCGAGCACGGACACCAUGCCAGCUUCCUCGUCUCAGACGUGUGCUGACCAUCAGGAUCCUGAAAGCACCGCCGGGCCUUACCUGCCUACAGCACAAGAGGAGGAUUCGGCUCAGAACCUCCCUACGGCACACGUCCGUCCUUCCCACCCGCUGAAGAGCUUUGCGGUGCCAGCGGUCCCACCGGCCGGCUCCGUGUACGAUCCUACGUUGCCCAGCACACCCCUACUGACGCAGCAAGCUCCUAACCAUCCAGUUCACUCGGUGAAGACGGCGUCAAUUGGGACUUUAGGAAGAACUCGACCUCCUAUGCCCGUGGUAGUUCCCAGUGCCCCUGACGUGCAGGAGACCACCAGGAUGCUUGAGGACUCGGAAAGCAAUUAUGAACCAGAUGAGCUGACCAAAGAGAUGGCCCACCUGGAAGGACUUAUGAAGGACCUUAAUGCCAUCACUACAGCAUGA